AUGCGCGUUGUAUCAAAGUCGAUGACUUACGGAUGCAAAAUGAAACAUCAGGCGUCUGGAGUUUGAGGUUAGACAAAGAAUAUCGCGAUCAUUGUUCCCCGUAUUCGGGUUCUAUCGCGAAUAAUCUACUGUGCAUGUAGUGUGACGUGACACCGGCCGCCAAAAUGAGUAAAAUGUAUUCCACGGCGAAUCUGUCCGACAAGGAACUGAAGGAACAGGGGAACCGUCUCUUCAGCCUCCACAAGUACGAGGACGCAGCUAAUUGCUACACGAAGGCGAUCAUAAAGAAUCCAGAUCAGGCAUUAUAUUUCACAAAUCGGGCACUGUGUCAUCUGAAGCUGAAACGAUGGGAAUCUGUAUGCCAGGACUGCAGACGUGCCUUAGACAUAGAUCCCUGUCUGAUGAAAGGUCACUUCUUCUUGGGACUGGCUCUUCUGGAAUUGGAACUCUAUGAUGAAGCCGUGAAACAUUUGCAAAGAGCUGUAGAUUUGGCAAAGGAGCAAAAGCUGAACUAUGGCGAUGACAUCACCAGCGUAUUGCGACAAGCCCGUAAACGACGCUUUCAGAUGAGGGAGGAACAGAGGAUCGCCCAAGACAUAGAGCUGCAGACUUACUUGAAUCAGCUAAUUAUAGAUGACGCAAAGCGCAGCUUAACGACUUUGCAGGAGCAGGAGCCGACCAAGGACUCUGACGUGGAGACAAGCUCAACCGAAUUCGCCAGCAAAAAAGAGGAGAUAGAAGAAAAGAAAGAUAGCUGCAUAUCGCGACUAAACGAUCUUUUUGCCAAGGUCGACGAGAGGAGGAGGAAAAGGGAAGUACCCGAUUAUUUAUGCGGCAAGAUCAGCUUCGAGAUUCUUCAGGAACCGGUAAUCACACCCAGUGGGAUUACAUACGAACGGAAGGAUAUCGAGGAGCAUCUUCAACGGGUCGGUCACUUCGACCCGGUGACUCGUGUGCGCUUGACACAGGACCAGCUGAUUCCGAACUUGGCGAUGAAGGAAGUGGUUGACACUUUCUUGCAGGAGAACGAAUGGGCUUUACAUUACUGAUGUCGAUACGUAGUUUACUGCCGUGCAAUUUAAGUUAAGAUGGCAAUCCUUGACGAUGGAAGAAGAUAAUAGUUUUGAAUGAGGAUUUUUCUCACGAGGAUAUGAUAUAGAGAUUAAAACAGAAAUCUCAAGGAUGUAUAAUAGUAGAAUGUACAUGUAAAGGAUUCGAAAUAUUUUGUUACCGUUAAAUAUUUUUCCGGAGGACGCUAUAUAAGAAGCGGAAACACUUAUUCUCACAGUACGUAAGUACGUGCGUUAGCGAGUAAUUAAUUAAUUAAUGUAAAGAUCUUGUAAACAUCACAGAAGAUAUAUUGGUUCUCUGAAUAUUACAUUUAACAAUUAGUUUUAUAUGUAUUUCCAUUUAGCUUCUUUCCGUCAGUAAUCUCUGGUCCGCAAAAAUUCGAUUAAUUCUCGCAAUAUGUAGUUAUAUUUGAUAAAAACUUGAAAUUGGAGUGUCAAAGGAUUAAGUGAGAGACAAGAGCUAAUGGAGAGUUCUAAUUCGCAGUGGCUAGAAGAGAAAUAUAGAAUAUACUUACGAAAUGUUCAUAUAUAUAUGUAUGUGUGUAUGUGUGUAUAUAUAUAUAUAUAUAUAUAUAUAUAUAUAUAUAUAUACACACAUAUAAUACAUACACACAUAUAUAUAUACAUAGUGUAUAAUUUUUGUUUUAUCAUUAACAAUAAAUUAUUUAUUUUCUAGCCGAAAUCGCUCGUAUUAUUACCAUACAUUAAAACGAAAUACGUGUUUCUUUCAUUUUAGUAUAUUUAUAUCAAUACUGAAAAGAAAAGACUAAAUCCACUCAAGGUAUUUAUUUCAACAUUCAACUGACAACAAUAUAUUCAUAUAUGUAUAUAUAUAUAUAUAUAUAUAUGUACAGUUUUACGUAUACGCAAUAUCAUUGUAUAUAUAUAUAUAUCGCAAUCGUCGCAAUCGUAC